GAAGAAGUCUAAACCGGCACGAGCAAGUUCCAUACAUGAGGUGGAGGAUCCUUCAUUCAAACGGAGACGUUUCUAGAACUUUGCUGGCGUUGUAGCUUUAAACAGAUUAUCGUAAAGGCUGUUUUUGACGCAGUCACAUUAUUUGCAACUUCAGGGAAGCUUUGAAAGGAAUAUUUCAUAAUAAGUUUAAUUUUUUUUUUAUCGUCCCGCGCGCGCUAUCAUUAACGGCUUGUGAGGGCGCGCGCGCUAAUUAGCUUACUGGCUAAAAGGCACGAUCUUCUUCUGGUCUGACCGCUGCAACGUGUGAAUGCACCCCUGCUCACCUGCAGUCACAGUUGCACAAUGGCUGGUCGCACAUUCUGCUUGAUAUCCAAGCAUCCCAAAAUCUACAAAACAUCCAGUAUAAUUACGGGAUAGCAAUAAAUCUUUUAGUUUACUUUAAUUAUUUUCUGGUUAAGAUCCAGAGUUAUUUUUACAGCUUUGCACUGUUGAAAUCCUGUUAACACAGGUGGGCUUUAAGAAGAGCUAUUUAUUUUUACCUCAUUACCUCUUCAUUUUUGUAGCUACUGUUUUAAAGUAGUAUUGUGUAGAUAUUUUCAAAGGCAUUACUUUCCCUUAAAAUUGUGAAGGAAUUACUAUAGUCUGCAGUCAUGGUUUCGACAACUACAGUUGCAAUUAUCCUGGCUACGACAGCAGCAGCCCCCACUGCUCUGACAGAUUACAUGUGGCUUCUAAUUGUUGGCUUCGUCAUCGCCUUCAUUUUGGCCUUUUCUGUGGGUGCAAAUGAUGUUGCGAACUCUUUUGGCACAGCCGUUGGCUCUGGAGUUGUAACUUUGCGACAAGCGUGCAUUCUGGCCACAGUGUUUGAGACCCUGGGCUCUGUACUACUUGGGGCCAAAGUGAGUGAAACCAUCCGCAAGGGUAUCAUUGAUGUAAACAUGUACAACGGGACAGAGCGCGUGCUGAUGGCUGGGUCUGUCAGUGCCAUGUUUGGUUCUGCUGUGUGGCAGCUGGCCGCUUCUUUCCUUAAGCUUCCCAUCUCUGGCACACACUGCAUUGUUGGUGCUACUAUUGGUUUCUCACUGGUUGCCAAGGGUCAACAAGGAGUCAGGUGGCUUGAACUUCUCCGUAUCGUUGCGUCCUGGUUCCUGAGUCCUCUUUUGUCUGGUAUAAUGUCCGGUAUUGUUUUCUACUUUGUGAGCAAGUUCAUCCUACAAAAGAAAGACCCUGUUCCUAAUGGGCUGAAGGCCCUGCCUGUCUUCUAUGCUAUAACCAUGGGAAUCAACCUAUUGUCCAUCCUGUUCAGUGGCGCUCCGAUGCUGGGAUCUAACAAAAUCCCUUGGUGGGGCAUCUUACUCAUCUCACUGGGCACUUCUCUGCUGACCGCCAUUGUGGUCUGGUUUAUCGUCUGCCCUCUACUCAAGAAGAAGAUUGAACGAGAUAACAAGUCUUCCAGCCCCUCUGAGAGCCCCCUGAUGGAAAAGAGGGAGCUCAGUGAGGCCCACUGUCCCAUCUUGAAACAGACUGCCAAGGAAACGUCUGCACCUACUGUGCCAGCUGUCAAUCAGGACUCAUCUUCUGAACCCCAGCCUGCCCCCGAGGAACGCAGGGUGGCGUUUGACAUUGGAGAUUCUGAUGACGGGGAAAAUAAGGAACGCAGGGUGGCGUUUAACAUUGGAGAUUCAGAUGACCCCGACUACAGCAAUGAAAGUAGUGCCUCCAAAACCCCUCAAACUAACAACCAAGUACACAACGAUAACGGCUGUGCAAACGCUCUGAAUCAGGUCCACUUCAACAACCAGACCCAGUUCAACAACAGAACAACACAGAUUCCAAAUAAUGGUUACUCCCAGUACCACACAGUCCACAAGGACUCAGGCCUCUACAAAGACCUCCUACACAAGCUCCACCUGGCCAAGGUUGGUGACUGCAUGGGUGAGGCGGGUGACCGACCCAUCCGACGGAACAACAGCUACACCUCAUACACUAUGGCCAUCAUCGGCAUGCACGGAGACUUCAAACACAAAGAAGGAGACCUCCGCGCUGUAGAGGAUGGCGACAAGGGCCCUGGGUCUGGUGGUCAUGAAAAGAAGCGUAUCCGCAUGGACAGUUACACCAGCUACUGCAACGCUGUGGCAGAGAACAUAACCCCUGAAGGUCUAGGAGAAGGUGACGUGACACUAGAAAUCAGUAAUGAAGAUGCAGGCAGCAGCCAAAGCUCUAUAGAUGACAAGCUUGAGGAAGACAAGCCAGAAGUCUCAACUUUGUUUCAGUUCCUACAGAUCCUUACGGCCUGCUUUGGAUCUUUUGCUCAUGGUGGAAACGAUGUGAGCAAUGCCAUUGGACCAUUGAUAGCUCUGUAUUUGGUUUACACAACAAGCAGCGUGACCUCAAACAUGGUGGCGCCCACUUGGCUUCUGUUGUAUGGCGGCGUGGGCAUCUGCACUGGACUCUGGGUAUGGGGUCGCAGGGUGAUCCAGACUAUGGGCAAGGACCUUACACCCAUUACACCCUCAAGUGGUUUCAGCAUUGAGUUGGCCUCAGCCCUGACUGUCGUGGUUGCCUCAAACAUUGGUCUGCCUGUCUCCACCACCCACUGCAAGGUGGGUUCUGUGGUUGCAGUAGGAUGGCUUCGCUCAAAGAAGGCGGUGGAUUGGCGUUUGUUUAGAAAUAUCUUCAUGGCGUGGUUUGUGACUGUACCCAUCUCUGGCCUGAUCAGCGCUGCCAUCAUGGCCAUCUUCAUCUAUGGCAUCUUCUGAGCAUGCAACUGCAUCCCAAGCUGGGGAGGGAAAAGAAACCGCUUCAGUGCACACCAAGAGAAAAAGAGUAAAGUUGGAAGGCCAAAUUAUAUCGCUUACCUUGAGCCAACCAUUUUAGAAGAAAAAGAAACAUUUGAAAAGACUUGUCGCUCCUGUGGUUCAUAAUCAACCUAGAUUUUGCUGUUUGUUCCGAUUGGAAACUUUUCUUAUCAUUCUGUAAAAAGUUGCAUCUGUUGAGAUAUUGUUAAUACUAAUUAAUUAGUUUUAUUUUAUUUUGUUUUUGCAAUUCUUUGUAUAUACAGUGACUGUUUUAUUUUUGAUUUUACACAACACGUUUAAAAAUGCAGUAUUAGCUCUUUGCAAAUGUAAUUCUCCAGUCAACACAUGCUGAAAGUAAUGCUGUUUAUGGGAUUAAAAACAAGGUUAUUGUUUAUGCUCAACUACCAAGUAUUUUAUAUCUUACACCACACAUCCUGGUCUUCUCAGUUCGCACAUUGUUUCUUAUAAAGAACAAAAAAGUUUUUGCUGAAGUUAAUUUUGUGGUUUAUAUCUUAUUCUGCAACCAUAUCAUAACAGAGUGCUGCAGUUUAAUUUGUCAUGGUAGAAGAGUACACGCUAUGUGAGCAUUGGCAGAAUAAUUAAAAACAUAUCAUUUUGUGAACAUUUAAAGGUCGGCACAGUUCCAGGCAAGAACAAAAAUGACAAAGGCCAAAUUGUGUUUCCAUCUGCCUGAAACUGAUCACCUCGAUGUGAGAAUAGAAUGUCAACCAGCACAAAUUAUGUACUUAAAAAAAAACAACUUAAAGUCUCCUGUUAAAACUUGAUUGCAUUGAUGGUUCUUGCCUUAUUUUUCCCCCGUUCACCUUAGAGCAGCUACUUCUAGUAUGGUUGCACCUUUAAGGCGAUUAGGUUCUAGAUGCCUUUUUCCUUUUUGAGUGUUCAAA